CCCCACACUGCAGCUUUGCUGUAGGUGUCAGCGCGCUCACGCUGCAGCUUUAGAGUUCCUCAGUCCCCUUCUAAUCCUCUACCUGGUGGGACGGAUGCGGCAUGGGGACAGCCGUCCCUUUUCCGCCCACGCGGCGGCUGGCUAUGAAUGAAGUAUUUGUGGAAGGUCGUCCUCAGUUGGAAACGCUGAAGAAUCACUUGGUCAAGGAGGGGAGACUGGAGGAAGAGGUGGCUUUGCGUAUAAUCCGAGAGGGAGCAGCUGUUUUGAGACAAGAGAAAACCAUGCUUGAAGUGGAGGCCCCCAUCACAGUGUGUGGAGAUAUCCAUGGACAGUUUUUUGACCUUAUGAAGUUGUUUGAGGUUGGUGGUUCUCCUCACACCACACGCUACCUCUUCUUGGGGGAUUACGUGGACCGAGGAUACUUCAGUAUAGAGUGUGUCCUUUACCUCUGGAGCCUGAAAAUUAUCCACUCCAAAACCCUGUUUCUGCUGCGAGGGAACCACGAGUGCCGACACUUAACAGAGUAUUUCACCUUCAAGCAAGAAUGUAAGAUUAAGUACUCGGAGCGAGUGUACGACGCCUGCAUGGAUGCCUUUGACUGCCUCCCUCUGGCAGCUCUGCUCAACCAGCAGUUCCUGUGUGUGCACGGGGGUCUCUCUCCAGAAAUCACCUGCCUGGACGACAUCAGAAAGUUAGACAGAUUCAAGGAGCCGCCCGCCUUCGGCCCUAUGUGUGAUUUGCUAUGGUCUGACCCUGCUGAGGAUUACGGCAAUGAAAAGACACUGGAGCACUUCACCCACAACACAGUGCGUGGCUGCUCCUAUUUCUACAGCUACCCUGCUGUCUGUGAAUUCCUACAGAACAACAACCUCCUGUCAGUGAUCCGGGCCCAUGAAGCACAGGAUGCUGGCUACCGGAUGUACCGAAAGAGCCAGACGACUGGUUUCCCAUCUCUCAUCACCAUUUUCUCUGCACCAAAUUACCUUGACGUAUACAACAACAAAGCCGCAGUGCUCAAAUAUGAGAAUAAUGUGAUGAACAUCCGUCAAUUUAAUUGCUCUCCACAUCCUUACUGGCUGCCAAACUUCAUGGAUGUGUUCACUUGGUCUUUGCCCUUUGUUGGGGAGAAAGUCACUGAGAUGCUGGUAAAUAUUCUUAGUAUCUGCUCGGAUGAUGAACUGAUCACAGAAGGAGAGGACCCGCUGGAAAGUGGUGCCACUGUACGUAAAGAGAUUAUACGGAAUAAGAUCCGAGCGAUCGGGAAGAUGGCCAGAGUAUUCUCAGUGCUCAGGGAGGAAAGUGAGAGUGUGCUGACACUGAAAGGACUGACACCCACAGGAACACUUCCCCAAGGGGUCCUGUCUGGUGGAAGACAGACCCUGGAAAGCGCCACGGUUGAAGCGCAGGAAGCUGUCCAAAGCUUCUCUCCACAGCACAAGAUCCGUAGCUUUGAAAGCCGGGGUCUGGAUCGGGUCAAUGAGCGCAUGCCCCCACGCCGCCCCUCCUCCCAGGACAUCAAUCUGAACUCUACCGAUAAGAACAGUAACAAAGGCCAGCAGUGACCUUCAGAAAUCUGUGCCGCAAUUCUCCCAUCACCUCCACUGAUAUUGUGUGCUCGAGGGCCGGACUCUCAAUUCAAGCAAAGGACACAUAUAUACACUGCUCUACAAUUUCUGACUCAUUACUGAUCCAUACAAACUCACAUACUGUAUACAAGGGCCGCCCUGGAUAUUCAUGUGUGCAUACAGCUGUAAACACGCAUUAAUGAUCUGUUUAUCUAUAAACAUACCCCCCCCCCCCCCCUAUGGGUUAUACAUAAAACUAUACACACUCAGUGCUGAUCUAUACAGCUGUACACACAAAUGCCAAUGAGUUAUUUUGUAUGGCUCUACACAGUUUGUUGAUCCCUAAAGAUGUACACACCUACCCCUGUGGGUUUUCCAUAUGGUUGUACACACAAAUACCUAUGGGUUAUCUGUAUAGCUGUGUGCACUCAUUGCUGAUCCCUACAGUUGUACACAUACCCGGACUCUAAACUGUCACUGCUGAUCCCUACUGCUGUGCACAAAUAUACAAGCUCUGUAUUGCUGUAUACACACAGGAGAUCCAUAUUGCUGUAUUUCUAGGACCUGUACUGUGCAUGUAUACAUGUACAUUGACUGACUUUAUAAACCUGGACCCACGGUCCUAUAUGGAGGACUCAUAAAUGGUGGGGUCCAUUAUUGCUGUACACACCCACCAGAAGCCAUGCUACUGUACACCUGGGAUUUGUACACUGCCAUAUACACAGGAAAUCCCUAGCACUAGUUGCACAAAGAAUCUGCUGUGCAUAUAAACAAGAUUCUUACUACUGUAUACACGUGCCCCUACAGAGCAUCUAUAUAGCUUUAUCUAUGGCACCUGUACAUGUGUGCACUGAACCUAUACUGCCGUACACAAAAUACAUCUCUAGAAUUGUCUA